CACACGAGCGUCAUUGGAAUUGCAGCUGCAAAUACCACCUAUGUCAUGCCGUUGGGCGUAGCCUGCCUAUUCAAUGGCACUCCGUUUCACGCCAUCAAUCCGAUAUUGGACGAAAGUACUGUGAAGUACAUGUUCGAGAUAACCAAGCCAAAGCUAAUAUUCUGCGACAAAGAGCAAUAUGAUAAAAUUGUCGAGGCCACCAAGGAUUGGAGUCCUGAGGUAUAUACGGUCAGCGAGCCCCUGGAAGGUAAGCCCAGCAUACAGAGUCUGUUGGAGCCAACGACAACGGAAAAGUUCUACCAACCUGAGCCGUUGAAAGCUGGCAGCGAUCAAACUGUGGCCAUUCUGUGCUCAUCCGGUACAACGGGAAUGCCGAAAGCCGUGUGCAUAUCAAACAGUGUGCUCAUGCAGGAUAAUUUGUUUGUCAACAGUGAGACGAUUUACUUUCUACAGAGUGGCCUGGACUGGAUAUCUGGUCUGUGGGCCUUCAUGUUCUGCGUGGUAUUCGGCAGCACUCGCAUCUUAUCGGAUAAGCCCUUUUCGCCGGAGAACAUGGUCCAGCUGAUACAGAAAUACAAAAUCAAUUAUGUAACCAUGGCACCGUCCCAGAUGGCAGCUCUAGCCAGUUGUCCAAAGGCCACGCAGAGCGCAUUAUCCUCGUUGCGCAACCUAAACUAUGGCGGUAGCAUUGCCUCAGAUGCGACUCUAAAACGCUUGCGGGAGCUCUGCCCCAAUGCAACGUUCAACUCAGCCUACGCGAUGACAGAGCUGGGACUGAUCACACUAAAUGCCGGAGUCCAGAAAGCAUCAGCUGCAGGCAAGCCAAUGCCCGGCAUGACCAUACGCAUCGUGGAUGAGAACGAAAAUAGCUUGGGCCACAAUGAGAUCGGUGAGAUCUAUGUGCGCUCCGCCAUCAAAUGGAAUGGCUACUAUGGCAAUCCCACUGCCACGAUGGAAAUAUUGGACCCAGAGGGCUGGCUCCAUACCGGGGACUUGGGCUACUUCAGUGACGACAAUCUGCUGCAUGUAGUAGAUCGCAAGAAGGAGGUUCUUAAAUACAAAGGCAUUCACUUCUGGCCCACGGAAAUCGAGAAUGUGAUCCGAGAGCUGCCGCAGGUGCGCGACGUCUGCGUCGUGGGCGUGCCCGUUGAGGAAAUCAUGGAUGCGGCCGCCGCCUUGGUGGUCAAGAUGCCAGGCAGCGACAUCACUCACGACGAUAUUGUGAAUCAUGUGGCCAAGCGACUGCCCACCAUAAAUAAGCAGCUGCAUGGAGGCGUUCGAUUCACUGAAAGGCUGCCCUUCAAUAACAAUGGCAAGGUCAUGCGAAAGGCGGCCCUCGAGCUGUUCAUGUCACUGGGAGGACUCACGACUAAUCCCAAGUAACAAUGAUAUGGAA